AUGACGAGAACCAUCCGACCAUCCACCAGCACACAGGGCAAUGUCUCCUCGGAGGUCGGCGGGAGUAGCCAUAGCUGUGGCCAGUGGCCAACUCAGCGCGGGUGGGAUUGUCAUGAAGAGUCAAAAAAAGAUGGUAUCGACGACUGCUACACUUCAGCCAGAGGCUGCACUGCCACGCUGGGGAACUUCGCUAAGGCUACUUUUGAUGCCAUCUCCAAGACUUACAGCUAUCUCACCCCUGACCUCUGGAAGGAGAUGGUGUUCACCAAGUCUCCAUAUCAGGAAUUCACUGACCAUCUUGUGAAGACCCACACCAGAGUCUCUGUGCAGAGGACCCAGGCUCCAGCUGUGGCCACCACCUAGUUUUAUACAAGAAAAAUAAAGUGAACUAAAGCUUGUUAAAAAAAAAAAAAAUGUUGGUCAAACAUAAAAAAAAAAAAAA